GAGGGGCCGUUUCCAUGCCAUACGUUGACAGUGAGGGUCAUUGGCAUGAAAAACGUCCGGCAGGCUGAUACACUGAGUCAGACAGACUGCUUUGUGACCCUUUGGCUGCCUACUGCCUCUCAGGAGAAGCUGAGGACCAGAACCAUCUCCAAUUGCCAACACCCGGAAUGGGAUGAAAGCUUCACCUUUCAGAUUCAGACUCAAGUAAAGAAUGUACUAGAACUGAGCGUUUGUGAUGAAGACACAUUGACACCAAACGACCAUCUCUUGACAGUUCUCUAUGACCUCUCCAAGCUCUGCUUUCGGAAUAAAACCCAUGUGAAGUUCCCACUCAAUCCAGAGGGCAUGGAAGAGCUGGAGGUGGAGUUCCUGCUCUCAGAAAAUCCCUCCUCACCAGAGACCCUCAUCACCAAUGGCGUGCUGGUGUCUCGCCAAGUCUCUUGCCUGGAGGUUCACGCAGAAUCCAGGAGGCCAAGGAAGAGGGAAAAAAACAAAGACCUCCUGGUGACGGUGACAGACUCAUUCGAGAAUACCCAGCGAAUCCCACCCUGCCCGGAGCCCUGCUACCCCAACCCUUCCUGCUUCCAUUACCCUAAGUUCUUCCAUCCCCAGCUCCACACCGAGGCACCUAAGAGCCACUGGAACUGUGGGCUUUGCUGCUGUGGAGCGUCCAGGAAUGGCAGUGUCUGUCAGCCCCUGGAUUGUCUUCCUGAUGGGGAGGCGGUGACCCUGCCUGUGGGAGAGAGCUAUGAAUUACACAUGAAGUCCACUCCCUGCCCUAACAAGCUGGAUGUGCGGCUGGGCUACAGCCUGUGCCAGGAAGAGGUGGAGUUCCUGCAGAAGCGGAAGGUAGUGGUGGCCAAGGCACUGAGACAGGUGCUACAGCUGGAGGAGGACCUGCAGGAGGACGAGGUACCGACGAUAGCCCUCAUGGCCACGGGAGGUGGCACAAGAUCUAUGGUCUCCUUGUAUGGCCACCUGCUGGGGCUGCAGAAGCUGAACCUUCUGGACUGUUCUACUUACUUGACUGGCUUGUCAGGCGCAACCUGGACUAUGGCUACCUUGUAUAGUGAUCCUGAGUGGUCCUCCAAAAGCCUGGAACCUGUCAUCUUUGAGGCCCGGAGACAUGUUGUCAAAGACAAGUUACCCGCCCUGUUCCCAGAUCAGCUCUGCAAAUGGAAAGAGGAAAUCCACCAGCACAGCCAGGGGGGCUACAGGACCACGCUUACAGACUUCUGGGGCAAGCUGAUUGAGUACAGUCUGGGUGACAAGAAAUAUGAAUGCAAACUGUCAGAGCAGCGUGCUGCUUUGUGCCAGGGACAGAACCCCCUGCCCAUCUACCUCACCAUCAAUGUCAAGGAUGAUGUAAGCAACCGGGAUUUCAGAGAAUGGUGCGAGUUCUCCCCCUACGAGGUGGGCCUGCAGAAGUACGGAGCCUUCAUCCCCACCGAGCUCUUCGGCUCUGAGUUCUUCAUGGGGAGGCUGAUGAAGAGGAUCCCUGAGCCGGAGAUGUGCUACAUGCUAGGGCUGUGGAGUAGCAUCUUUUCGCUGAACCUGCUUGAUGCCUGGAAUUUGUCGCAUACCUCAGAGGAGUUUUUCCAAAAGUGGAUAAGGCACAGACUGUAUGACAUCGAGGAUGAUCCACUCCUGCCUGAAAUCCCUAAAUGUGAUAACAAUCCCUUGGAGACCACAGUAGUGAUCCCAGCAUCAUGGCUGUCCAACACAUUCCGAGAAAUAAUCACAAAGAGGCCCUUCGUGUCUGAGUUUCACAACUACCUGUACGGGAUGCAGCUGCACACAAACUACUUGCAGAACAGACAGUUCUCUAUGUGGAAAGACACAGUACUGGACACCUUCCCAAACCAGCUGACACAGUUUACGAAACACUUGAACCUACUGGACACUGCCUUCUUCGUCAACUCCAGCUACGCACCCCUCCUUAGACCAGAGAGAAAAAUUGACCUCAUCAUCCACCUCAAUUACUGCGCAGGAUCCCAGACUAAGCCCCUAAAGCAAACUUGUGAGUACUGCAUCUCGCAGAGCAUCCCUUUCCCCAGCUACUCCAUCCAGGAGGAUGACAAAAGUCUCAAGGAGUGCUACCUGAUGGAGAACCCCCAGGAGCCCGACACCCCCAUCGUGGUUUUCUUCCCACUCAUCAGCGACACCUUCCAGAAGUUCAAGGCUCCAGGUGUCGAGCGAAGUCCUGAGGAAUUAGAACUGGGCCAGCUGAACAUCUAUGGCGACAAAUCUCCCUACGCCACCAAGGAGCUGACAUACCCAGAGGCUGCCUUCGACAAGCUGGCAAAGCUCACCGAGUACAACAUCCUGAACAACAAAGACAAACUCCUGCAGGCCCUGAGGCUGGCAGUGGAGAGGAAGCGCAUGAGGAGUCAGUGUCCCUCCUAGGCCUGGGGGAACCGUACCCACCCUGUAUCCACUUCUGUUGUCAGAAGCAUCACCCAUCAAAGCUGACCUCACACACAGCUCGCUGGCCAGGGGCUCAGGCAGCUGGGCCUGGGCUCUCUAGCAAAACAUUACAAAUGAACCAAGGAGAGAGAGAGAGAGAGAGAGAGAGAGAGAGAGAGAGAGAGAGAGA